UUUUAUUUGUUUUGGCUGUGCUGGAUCUUCGCUGCUGCACGGGCUCUCCCCUGUUGCGGAGGGCGGGUCUGCGCGCUUGUCGCGGAGCCCGGGCCCCAGGGCGUUCAGGCUCCGUGGCUGCGGCGCGUGGGCUCCGUGGUUGCAGGUCCCGACUCCGGCACAGGCUCAGUAGCUGAGGCGCAGGGGCUUAGUUGCUCCAGGGCAUGUGGGGCCUUCCCUGACCAGGGACUGAACCUGUGUCUCCUGCGUCGGCAGGCAGACCCUGAGCCGCCAGGGAAGCCCUUGCUCUGACUUCUGUUGUCACCCCGUUUGGGCUUCCCUGGUGGCUCAGACGGUAAAGAAUUCGCCUGCAUUGCAGGAGACCUGGGUUCGAUCCCUGGGUGGGGAAGAUCCCCUGGAGAAGGGCAUGGCAACCCACUCCAGUGUUCUUGCCUGGGGAAUCCUAUGGACAGAGGAGCCUGGCGGGCUACAGUCCCGGGGUUUGCAGAGUCAAACAGGACUAAGCAGCUAACGCGACCGAGCGGCUAACAUUCCUCUGGACCCGGUCCUGAGAGCAGGCCGGCGGCAGGGGUAAAGAAGGGGCCAGGACCAGAGAGACUGGACCAGUGAGCCAGAGCAACGCUGCACGUUAUACCAUCAAGCAGAGGGGUUCAAGCUAGCCACAAAAGCAGACCUUCUGCAAAUGGAAAGCACUCUUUUAGCGAAGCCUGUUUGCUGGUGUGUUAAAGCUUCUGCUGUCCUUUAAGAAAUGGGCACGCCUGAGUAUGCUGGAAGGCCGUGAGCGCCCCGACCCCCCGGUGACCACAGCGAGCCCGGCCGGAGGAAGCGCGCCGAGCGGCGGGCUCUGACCGGCCGGCCCGGCCCGCGCGCCCGGCUCAGCAUGGAGACGCUGUCGCAGGACUCGCUGCUGGAGUGUCAGAUCUGCUUCAACCACUACAGCCCGCGGCGGAGGCCCAAGCUGCUGGACUGCAGGCACACUUGCUGCUCCGUGUGCCUGCAGCAGAUGCGGACGAGCCAGAAGGACGUGCGCUGCCCCUGGUGCCGCGGCACCACCAGGCUGCCCCCGGGCUUCUCCGUGUCGCAGCUGCCCGACGACCCCGCGGUGCUGGGCGUCAUCGCCAUCCCGCACGCCUCCGAGCGCACGCCGGUCUUCAUCAGACUCCCGAGCAACGGGUGCUACAUGCUGCCCCUGCCCGUCUCCAAGGAGCGCGCGCUGCUGCCCGGCGACGCGGGCUGCCGCCUGCUGCCUGGGGGCCAGCCGAAGGCGGUGGCCGUGGUGAGCGUCCCCGCGGCCGAGCAGCAGCCCCUGCAGCCCGCGGCCCCGGGCGACGCGGCGGCCGAGGAGCCGGACCGGCGGGGCGCGGCCAAGAGCUCCACCUGGUCCGGGGUGUGCACCGUCAUCCUGGUGGCCUGCGUCCUGGUCUUCCUCCUCGGCAUCGUGCUCCACAACAUGUCCUGCAUUUCUAAGCGCUUCACUGUGAUAUCCUGCGGCUGAAGGGGCUGCGGGCAAGGCUCCGUGGGUGCCCACUCGGGGCUGAGCAGCUGUUGGUGGGGGUAUCGUGGUGAGAAGGCGGGGGGCCCGCUGACCCCGGGGGGCCCGGCGCUGGCUCCCGGGCCCUGGGCCGCCGUCUGAUUACCCGAAGACAGACACGAAGGGAAAGCAGGCAGAGUGCUCUCAUUCCUGGUGGCGACGGCUUCGAAGGUGGUUGCAUGCAUCCUCAUAAUCGCCUAUUAAAUGGACUGUAAUUUAUCAUUUCUCCAAAUCAUGUUACGAGAUAGACCUAUUCUACUUAGACGUUAAACUGUCGGAAGUGCAUACAAUGUGAUCUUCUCUAAAUGUGGUAGAUUAAAAUAAAGAUGCCCUGCAUACAAGUAGAAUUAAACCUGAAAAUCCAUGUAAAAAAUUCAACCGCAACAUGCAGUGCUGGUUUCUUUCCUUUUUUUGAGAAAAUGAGACCCUGUCUCCAUUUAGUUGCUAAGACUUUUUAUACCAUUUUGAAUGGCACCCAAAUUAAAAUAAGUUCCGCGGACAGUUGUCUUUUCCAGAAAACAUCUGAACGAGUGUUUCCAGCGUGCUGUGUUUUGUCUCGCACGUUCGUUUUUCUCCCCCUGUAAUUAGAGCUCGCUAUGUGUUUAUUAAACCGAAGGCCAGAUCAGGAGAAAUAAACUGAGUAAUAAUGAGAAAUGCCUAAUCCCACAGGAAACCAUUUUUCUCAAGCCAUCUCACAAAAUAAGAAUUUUAAAUGUAAAUAUUGUGUAUUUGUGUGUGUGUGUGUGUGUGUGUGUGAUUUUAUUUACCUCAGGUUUUGAAUCUUUUCAGAAGAAUCCCAGGAGUAAGACUUUGUAGGCGUGAAUGAGUCCAGAGUCUGAAAUAGCGGCCACCUUGCGGCCACCUGGACCCCCCAGCGAGGUGUCACAGACACAUCCCUUGCACACUUGCUCCUCUUCUGUGUGUCCAAGUCCUGUAUUCUGUAAGGCACAAAUGGAGAAUGCAGAAGAUUUCUGUCUUUUCUCCCAGUUGUGAUGUAUUCCAACAGCUCCAAGUGUUGGUAAUUGCUAACAAACCUGGACUGGCGUUUUAAGACAGUCCAUGAUUAUUUCUUAAAAGAGAUUGCUCCGUGAGAGUUAAGCCAUUUCACAUUCCAGUGUCUUCUUGUUGGUAGAAGUGAGACUUUCUCUUGUAUUUCAAGAUAUGUUUUUAUCGAGAAGCGUGGCAAGGUGAACUAGCAAUGCACAUCCCAGGGUAAGUGGACCAGCUCACCAUCAAUUUGCAAAUGUGCUUAAAUGUUUAAUGGCCUGCAGUUGCUUGCAAAGAAAGAUCUGCUGGUUUUAAAUGAUACAUUCUAUGUCUGAAUAUGUGUGCAUUCAGACAUAGCUGUGAGCUUUACAGUUCUCGUUUCUUUCAUGGAAUUUAUGAAGCAAGUGGUGCAUGCCAAGCCACCCUGCCCCCAUUCACAGAUAUGUCUGUGUUCCACUGAAUUCCUGAAAACGGGGGACAGGAAAAUAAGGCGUGACUGCCUCCAAAAAGCAAGGCUAGAAAUAAUCCUUAAGACUGAGAUAAUUUAAUUUACCUACAUGCUAACUUUUACCUUCAAGCAGCACAAAAUAUGCACAUUAAAGUUAUGGCAUUAACUGAGAUAAAAUGACAAUAUAAUGAAUAGAAUCCCAAGCUAAUAUUCACUGACAUGAGAAUUUGAUAUAAAAAUAUGAACUCGGGUUUUUCAAAUCUUUCAAAUUUGUCAUUAGCCCUUUAGGAAAUGUAUUUGAAAUCUCAAACUAGAAAUUAGGUUAAAAUGCCAUUUUAUUGUGUAAGCUAUUGGGCAUUAUACAACAAAUAAUCUAGGAUUUGUUUGGUAUUAAUAAUUUAGGUAUCAUAUUAGCUGAAUACUAUCCUCUAUUAUGUAACCUAAUAUACUGUUGGGUUAGUUUCAAUUUCUCAAACUCUCCCAGGCUGCCGUGAUGCAUGUCUGACCUAAUUUAUGUUUCUCUUGGGAAAAAAACCCCACAGAAACGUUGCACUGAGGAUUCUGCAUUUCAAAUGGACGUUACCUUGCAAUGUUAAGUCAUGCCAUAUUCAAAUUGUUUUGUGAAUGAUAUCUACAUAUGUUUAUGUCCUACAGGAAAUGACUAGCCCUGGAGUGUAGUGGGAUAGAAUCCUACAUGGUCUAUAGGUUAUAUAUAGACACCGACUUACGUGGUGAUACAGUGACCUGUGUUUCUUAGCACAAACCCGCAGAGUACAAAUGUCCACAUACUUUCUACUGAAAAACAAUCCCAACUGCAGUUAGCAGUGCAAAAUUACUCGGCUCUAUGAUAGAUUCUUGACAUUACAAUUUAAGGUACAGUAGCAACCCCAAGCAGGACUUUUGUGUGUCUUACUGAUGUAAAGCCGUUGUUUAAGUGGGUUCUGCCGCUAGUUAUUCAUUUGUGUACCUGCUUAAUCAGUGUACAAUCCUGUGUGUGCCGUGUGCGUGUGCGCAUGCAUGUGAUGUCUCAGCCUGCCGGAUAGAGUGUGUGUAGGCUUCGUGUUGUCUGAUGUUGUUUGGCAUCCACUGCUCUGGCCUCUGGCACUUGCUCAUGACCCUGAGAACACGUCUACCCCAUGAGACACAAGCCCAGUGACACCAUCAGCCGGAACUCACAGUUCGCAUCAGUGAAAAACUCACAACGGAAAGCACAGGAAGUCGGAUCCGAAGGCAACCUCUGGUGGCUGGAUGUUUCAGACGACUCCACUCAGGCCCACAGAGAUGCAAGACAGUUUGAUCUGCAGCGAAAGGGGGGCCAGGACUUUGCACGGCUGUUUCCUCCUGCUCCUUCCUAGACCUGUUGCCCUCUCUGUCGGGCUACGAUCUCCUUUCAGGGUGGAUGAAUGCCCACCCUUUACUAACUUAACUACUGUUUAAGGUCUUUGUUUUUAUAGAUUUAUAUAUUCGUUUUAGUUAGCAUCUACCUCUCUGGGAAAUGAAAGGAGGGUUGACUUAGGGAUGAGUAUAGACAAUUAAGGAGAACCAUGUGAUCUGAAUUUUUUGAGUUGCAAAACAUUGGUUUCCCCCCUGCCUCCCACUCUACCUGUAAAGGACAGUGAGUGUUGUGUAAAUAGUAAACUAUAAGAAGCAUGGAUUUUUCUUUAUUAAUGAUCUUGACAUAACCAAGAGAAUGCUGAAUAUGCUAAGUAGAAUCAAGUAUGCUAUCAAAAAGCAUUGUUUUGGGGAAAUUUUGUACAAUGACCUGGGGCAUAGGUUGUGAUGAAAAGGCAAUAGGUUCUCAGUUCCAGUCAUACUUUAUGAUCAGAAACCUAUAAGAUACUUCCUUUAAAAAUAUAGUUCAGUUUAAUCUUGCUCAUGACUUAAGAGUGGUUCCCUUGAUGGUUAAACCUUGUACUGGUGCAGCCAGCCCUUGGGAUCUUCAUGAUUGGCGCUGCUCAGUAGAAUGUUCUGUGAUGCUGGAAAUGUUCUAGAAGUUAUGCUGUCCAAUACAGUAACCACAUUGGUUACUGGGAAACUGAAAUGAAAUUAGUCUGAAUGAGGAACUGGAUUUUGUAUUUUAAGUUAAUUAAAUUGAUGCCACUCACAUGUGGCAAGUGGGUACCAUUAUUGGACAACGGAUUCUGGAGGGUUAUGCAGUGGAAUCUAGCAUCAAGGUGUUAGUGGAGUAGACAGUAAGGUGGAGAAGACAGUUUGUGGUUUAGUAACCUGCAGUUGGCUUAAAAUUUUUUUUUCCUUUCUGGGCUUAAAAAUAAAUGAUCUCAAGUAUGACAGUAAAAAUGCAUUGAUUGCCCUUUGGGGUUAUUACUUAGAUACUCUGGGCCAAGGAAAAAUCAGUGAAGCUUAAAAGAGUGCUUGAUAAAGCCCCCACUCUGGGAUCAUUAGCUGCAUGUGAAUCUAUUGUCCAAAAAUAGUAAGUAGGUUGACAGUAGCUGUAAAAUGUUUGACCUGCAUGACCUGUACUGUGAAAUUGUGUUUAGGGUCUUGUGGCCAAAAAGUAAAUGUUACAGAAAAAAAAGAAAAAAGCCUAAUGAAAUCCCUCUUCACUUCCAACAUCUUACUUAGACUCCAUCACUGCAUUAGUAAGGUGUGAAAUAUAGGAGCAAGCAUGUUUUGCAGUGUUCAUAGGCAGUGUUUUUGUUUGCCCUUGAAGUCUGCCAGCUCGUCCUUGUAUUUGAGGGGGGCAUAGGUAGGCAUCGUUUUUCAGAUGCCAGACUAAAAUGUAGGUACUAUUUUUAGAGUGAGAUCUGACAUUGUUUUAGUCUUUUUUUUUUUUUUUUUUGUUAUCCCUGAAAUAAUUGAAGAUUUGAAUUCUUGCACAAUGACACUUUGUUUGACAUUAGAAAAACAUUGCCCAUGAAAAGUAAAGACCUGAAGGUUAUUAAAGUUACUAACAUUGCUUUUUAAGUGAGUAAAGGGAAGCAGAAAAUUCAAUUUGAGAUGUAUUUUCAUUGAUCAGACUCUUCCUGAUAGUAUUUAUUCCAGUCUAGGUUUUUAUUUAAAGAGCUCUCAUAGUUUUAUUUGAAAACUUGUACUGUGUCUAAAGUGGUUAGUCUGCUUUUCAUUGUCCAAAAUAAUGUUAAUCAAAUGCAUUUGUUUUAAAUAUAGAACUUGUCAAUGAGCAGGACUCUUUAGUUUGUCCUUAAAAAUGACUACGUGUUUUGCCCAAUAAUAGAUUUUCUCUAGACUCAUGAGGAAAUUAGAGGGCCAAAGAUCACUGGUAUGAGAGGAGUGGGAUGCCAGUGGUUUGAAUUUCUAUCUUCUCUUAGAAAAAUGAUGCUGCCAACUGGCCAGCAUCUCGUUCCCAUGCGAGAAGGGUCAUCAGUCAGUUAAUCUGUCAUCCUCGGCCCAGAAGGAGAAGCUGUCCCUUACCGCUUUCAUCAUUCUCAGGAAAACGUUACCCACAAAGCAAUCCUUACCAGAACGGGAACUGCAGAGAAGGAUGAGGCAGUCAAGAUAAUUCAAUAACUGUUUGAAAGUGAUAGUCUAUUUCAAGAGAUGAUGACUAGUUGCUGAAUUUUGUUAAACUUGAAACAUUUCUAAAAAUAUAAGGAGAAAUUCAAGCCAUUGACUUUGCUGACACAGUUGAUUCACUGUAUAAAGACAUAUGUCUAUACAUAUAGGUAUAAAUAUAUACAUAUAUAUAGGCACAUGAUUUAGCUGUAACUGAAGCUUAAAAAAUCAAGUAAAAUGUUUGUGAUGUUUUCCAAUGUGGGUUAUAUAAUGUUGAAUUUAGGUAUUAAUUUCCCAACAAAUGCUAUAGGCUGCAUCCAUUUUGUCAAACCAGCUAUCUUUGGGAGUGUUUAUAUAACUAAGGUCUCGAGACUUCUUAUAUAUGAAGAGGUGAGUUCUACCAUAUGAAGAACAUUAGUGGGUGGGACAUAUAAUCUCUGUCUUCCAAAUGACUUACUUUUGGCUCUGCUCAAGUGGUCGUGAGUAGAGCACCAUUAUUCUUGAACUCUUGCAACAUGGCUCCAUUUUUCUGCACAAGUUUCCUUGCACAGUCGGGCCAAUGAUUUUUUUUUUUUUUCAGGAUUCACUGCCUGGGGUAUCCCACUAUCUAUAUCCCACUUAUGAUGUAGCGGUGCUUGAAAACACUCAUCUCGUUAGCUGGACUUUAUUAUUCUAGUCUAAGGUUUUUGAUACUAUUCAUAUUAUAGUCUUUUUUAGAGACAAUCAGUAAUAUUUGGGGCAAAAGUACUGAGGGGUCUCUUGAAGCCUGCAACAGCAUGUAUGUUUUGUUUUUCUGAGGGAUGUUCCCUUAUAGCUGGCCUGGUUCUUCUAGAACACUGCUCUAAAGCUCAUCAUGGGAUGCAGGGCUGGUAGCCCCUGUGAAGGUCUUCUGUGAUCUCCGUGGGCUGUGUUACUGGAUUAUUCUAAUGAGAGUGUUCCAAAGGGAAGCUCAGUCUUUAAUCUGACAUCUGCAUUUUGAGAAUCGAGGAGCAGAAGGUUGGAUAUGAUGGCAGUGGAGGAGCAUGGGUGGAAAAGGGAGGAAAUUGAUGAGGCAGGUGCCCCUUAGGGGAACAAGUGGAGGUAUCUGUGUCAUCUCUCUUUCGAAAGUGGGGGAACACAGGAGCUGGAGUCUUAAACUGUGCUGCAGAAAACUCCUAGUUGGCUUUUCCUGGCUGAGAGACAAGCGGACUCUUAGGCAGGCCCUGUUUGGUGGAGGUGGGGCUGUGACCUUGAGUCUGUAGCAAAAGAGAGGCCAGAAAGUGAGAAGACGCCGGCAUAGAGGGAGGAAACCCAUAGUGAGACCGUAGCUCCCAAACAAAGCAGAAGCUGAGGGUCAGUCCUGGCAGAAAGCAGCUGAAGAAAGAAGAGUGGGAAUUAACUGAGCCAAGCACAAUUAGUCACCCAAGUAUGGCCCACCGAACUCAGUUCAGGAUGUGUCAGCUGAAGACACGGGAAGGUGCUCAGCUGACGGGCGCGUCCGCGGAGGCCCUACUGGUAUCAGUGGGCACACCAUACACUUUCAGGCCCUGCUCUCGGGCUGGUGGUGCAGUCACUGCAGACAAACUCCAACGAUGUCCUCUUACCUGAGGAAUGCAGUGCCCAUGCCUGUGGAUGUGACCUGACUUGAGUAGGUUAAUACUAUUGGGAAGGCUCAUUCCAGAACAUUUCGGUUUCUCUCCUGGUUGAGGUCAUUUGUUAUAUUUUUCAUUCCACCACUAGUUCCCGUUUCGCUCCCUUGGCAGUUGCAGGAGGCUGGUUUCAGCCUGGGACGGUUACAAGCUCCCAGCGUAAGCCACGCAGCUGUUACACUGAGGCCCGGCCACUUGUACGACUCUGCUGGUGGGUUUCCUGGCCUUCUUGAUAACUAGUACUCCAGUCAAAUGGCUAGAUUAAUGCUGCUCAGAGGCUGUUAAGUCCUUGACGUGUUUCAUUUACAAUUCUGUGGAUUAUUUAUUUUAGAAUCUUUUUUAAAGGGCCAAACAGCCCUACAGAUAAACGAGCUGCUGGGCUGUGUAGAGAAUAUUGUCCAAAUGUUGCCAAAUACUGACUUCAUAAGGGGGAUAUCAAGCUGCUGUUUAUAAAUCUGAAUGUCUUAAAAGCAUUCUUGCUUGCUGUCUCUGUUGUAGGUGGUGUCUUAGCAAGUCCUGAGUUUUUCCAAUGAACCUGAUUUUAAUAUAUGGUAUUUUUGUAUGCCAAUCUGGUGUCUUGUCCUUUGUAUAUGUGGUAAUGUUGAUUUUAUGACUACUGUUAAAACACAUUUGCUAUGAUUAAAAUUCAUGAAAUGAUUUCAAA